AUGCUCAGAUGGCUUCUCGUCCUUUGGACCGUCACGUGCGUCGGUGGCACGGGCUCCUGCGUUGGCCGCUGCAAUGAGCUGCAGCCGGGGGCGCCCUGCCAGUGCAUCACUUGGUGCGUGGAGUUCGAGAACUGCUGCUCGGACUACUACAUCUGCACCGGGGCUCCGCCAGAGCCAGUAACGCCGGCACCGGCGCCUGCACCUGUGGUGACAGUGCCGCCACUAUGGCCAGCGGAGCCACCGCAGCCUUCGCCACCACCGCCGCCACCACCACCACCGCCACCUUCGCCACCACCACCACGGCCUUCGCCACCGCCUUCGCCACCAUCGUGGCCUUCGCCGUCACCACCACCACCUUCGCCACCGCCGGUGCCAACAACGCUGACAACAACAACACUGUCAUCGACGACGGUUACGUUUACAGGGACCACCACUUGGUCUUCGACAUCCACAAUCUCCUCCACAACUUGGACUUCGGUGACAACCAUAAGCAGCACCACAGUUACAAGCGUGACUCAAACUCAAACCUCCACAUCGAUCACACGGACCACAUCGAUCACAACGAUCACGCAGACGAGCACCACUGUUUCUACUCACGGGCUGGAGGUCCUCAUCGGAAGCUCCAAGGUCCCUGCCCUGCCAAGCUGCCCGGACAUUGGGGAAGAGGUGUACAUGCAGAUAGGCAAUGCCCAGCGCAGCGCCAAGCUCUUCCUGCCGAAGGGUCAGACGCAGGCACCUUUGUGGUUGCUGCUGCACGGGACCAACAACCAGGUGGACGAGUUUCUGGACUACACAGGCCUCCCGGCCUUCUGCAAGCAGCACGGGAUCGCGUACCUGGCGCCGCAGGCCUUGCCAAACCAGCAGAAGUACGGCCAGACCCAGUUCAAUGUUGGCCUUCACAGCCAGCCCAUGGCAGAGGAGGAGCAGCAGGGGGUGCACGAUGUCCAGUACAUCCGGGAGAUCCUUCAGCAGAUCGUGGCCUUGCCCUGCAUCGACCCUCAGCGGAUACAUUGCACUGGCUACUCCAACGGCGCCCGCUUCUGCAUGCGGCUGGCAUCGGAAAUGUCCGAGGUCAUCGCCUCGGUGGCACCGGUCUCAGGGCUACGGUACCCGACUCCCAACCACGCCCGCCGACCGAUUCCAAUCCUGGCCUUCCACGGGGACGCAGAUCCGGUGAACCCCUGGUCAGGCAAUGGCGCGUAUUACUGGCAUUCUUCGGUGCCAGACGCCAUGCAGCAGUGGGCCAUCUUCAAUGAGUGCGGUGCCAUGUUUGCAGCUCCCACGUUUGUGGAGUUUGCAGGAGGCUAUUCCGUGGCAAAGUACGAGAGCUGCUCUGACGACGCCUCGGUGGAACUGGUGCGCCUCCAUGGCGCAGGACACCAGUGGCCCGACGCCGUCUGGUCCAAAGCCAACGUGGGUCCUGUGGGCAGGGUCGAUGCCAACGCGCUGAUUCUGAACUUCUUCUCGAAGCACCGCCUGCCCGAGAAGCCGAAGAUGCAGUCCCUAGCUUCUACCUGGGCAACUCUUGCCUAUGCUCCAUUCAGCUCUCCCUUGCAGUUGGGGCCUGCAGUGCUGGCGCUGACCUUCAUGCUGCUGCUGCUGUGGCGAAAGUCCCGCAGCAGCUACAGCCUCAUAGGUCAACCUCUCCAUGAUGGCAUCCACGAUGAUGAUGAUGCCGAUGAGGAUGGCGUCAUUGAAUCUCAAUCUGAUAGGAACGCUUGGCAAUUGCAGCUGGAGGCCCCUCAGACCUGCCGCGGAGUGAGGAGUCUAGCAUAA